AUACCCGGGCGCAGGCGUACUCGUCUCUCUUCCAGCCUGCUUCCGCAGCCCUGGAGUUGGACCCGGCUUGGGUGGGCCUCGACAGCGGCGGCACCGGCGACGGCGAUAGUGACAGGGACUGCGUGAGUCCGGACGGAAAUGGCGAUGGCGAUGUCAGACAGCGGGGCGAGCCGCCUGCGGCGGCAGCUGGAGUCGGGCGGCUUCGAGGCGCGGCUGUACGUGAAGCAGCUCUCGCAGCAGUCGGACGGAGACCGAGACCUGCAGGAGCACCGGCAGCGCAUCCAGGCGCUGGCGGAGGAGACGGCGCAGAACCUGAAGCGCAACGUCUACCAGAACUACCGGCAGUUCAUAGAGACGGCCCGCGAGAUCUCCUACCUGGAGAGCGAGAUGUAUCAGCUCAGCCACCUGCUGACCGAGCAGAAGAGCAGCCUGGAGAGCAUCCCGCUUACCCUGCUGCCGGCUGCCGCCGCCGCGGGGGCCGCCGCCGCCUCCGGAGGGGAGGAGGGGGGAGGCGGCGCGGGGGGCCGCGACCACCUCCGGGGCCAGGCUGGCUUUUUCCCCAGCCCCGGGGGCGCCUCCCGCGACAGUUCUGGGCCAGGCGAGGAAGGAAAGCAGCGCACUCUCACCACCUUGCUUGAGAAGGUGGAAGGCUGCAGGCACCUGCUGGAGACGCCGGGACAGUACCUGGUGUACAACGGGGACCUGGUGGAAUACGAGGCGGACCACAUGGCCCAGCUGCAGCGGGUGCACGGCUUUCUCAUGAACGACUGUUUGCUGGUGGCCACCUGGCUGCCACAGCGGCGGGGGAUGUAUCGCUACAACGCCCUCUAUCCCCUGGAUGGUUUGGCCGUGGUCAAUGUCAAGGACAACCCGCCCAUGAAGGACAUGUUCAAACUGCUCAUGUUUCCCGAGAGCCGUAUUUUUCAAGCGGAAAACGCAAAAAUCAAACGAGAGUGGCUGGAAGUGCUGGAGGAAACCAAGAGGGCCCUAAGUGAAAAAAGACGCAGGGGGCAGGAGGAGGCAGCUGCCCCUCGAGGGCCACCCCAGGUGACUUCCAAGGCUGGCAACCCGUUUGAGGACGAAGACGACGGCGAACCAGCUGUUCCCGAGGCAGAAGAAGAGAAGGUGGACCUCUCAGUGGAAUGGAUCCAGGAAUUGCCUGAAGACCUGGAUGUCUGUAUUGCCCAGAGGGACUUUGAAGGGGCCGUCGACCUGCUGGAUAAAUUGAACCGUUACCUGGAAGAUAAGCCCAGCCCACCUCCUGUGAAAGAACUAAGGGCCAGAGUGGAUGAGCGUGUCCGCCAGCUCACUGAGGUGCUAGUGUUUGAACUUUCCCCGGAUCGGUCCCUGAGAGGUGGUCCCAAGGCUACCCGCCGGGCGGUUUCUCAGCUAAUCCGGCUUGGCCAGUGCACAAAGGCUUGCGAGCUGUUUUUGAGAAACAGGGCAGCAGCUGUGCAUACUGCAAUACGCCAGCUUCGCAUUGAAGGUGCCACUUUACUCUACAUUCAUAAGCUCUGCCACGUCUUCUUUACCAGCCUUCUGGAGACCGCCAGGGAAUUUGAGACGGACUUUGCGGGCACCGACAGCGGCUGCUACUCUGCCUUUGUGGUCUGGGCGAGGUCAGCCAUGGGCAUGUUUGUGGAUGCUUUUAGCAAGCAGGUGUUUGAUAGUAAGGAGAGCCUCUCCACGGCGGCUGAGUGUGUAAAAGUGGCAAAGGAGCAUUGUCAGCAGCUGGGCGACAUCGGACUAGACCUCACCUUCAUCAUCCACGCCCUCCUGGUGAAAGACAUCCAAGGGGCCCUGCACAGUUACAAAGAAAUCAUCAUCGAAGCCACGAAGCAUCGCAACUCCGAGGAGAUGUGGAGGAGGAUGAACUUGAUGACUCCAGAGGCCCUGGGGAAACUCAAAGAGGAGAUGAAGAGCUGUGGGGUGGGUAACUUCGAGCAGUACACGGGGGAUGACUGCUGGGUGAACCUCAGUUACACGGUGGUUGCUUUCACCAAACAGACCAUGGGCUUCUUGGAAGAGGCACUGAAGCUGUAUUUCCCGGAGCUGCACAUGGUGCUUUUGGAGAGCCUGGUGGAAAUCAUUUUGGUUGCUGUUCAGCACGUGGAUUACAGUCUUCGAUGUGAGCAGGAUCCAGAGAAGAAGGCUUUUAUCAGGCAGAAUGCAUCCUUUCUGUAUGAAACUGUCCUCCCCGUGGUGGAGAAAAGGUUUGAGGAGGGUGUGGGGAAACCCGCCAAGCAACUCCAGGACCUGAGAAAUGCAUCGAGACUGAUGCGUGUGAAUCCCGAAAGUACAACGUCAGUGGUCUGAUGCCUGGACCUGUUUAUGUGUAUCCGUGUAUAUUGCUUAUGGAUUAUUUAUAUUAAGUUGCAGUAGCAUAUUCUUUAUAGUCUCAAACAUGUCUUAAAAAUAAAAGAUGCCCUCUCGGAUAGAAGUACAAAAUCA